UGUUGCGUACCACAAUGCAAUUCGAGAACGGACAAGAAACAACGCAUCAGCCUCCACUUUGCCCCUAAGGACGAAAAAGACCGAAAAAUAUGGGAAGUGGCUAUACGCACAGGAAAGAAAUUGAAACCAUCAAUGCGUGUUUGUUCUAAGCACUUCAAGCCAACAGACUUUCUGCCAGCAGCCCAUGAGCACGCAAGGCGGUUUUUGAAGAAAGGAGCAGUCCCUUCUGAGAACAUCCCGCUUAGAUCAACCGACCGGGACAUCAAGAAAGCACAAAGAGACUCUGCCAGGGAAGACAGGGUGGCUCGUCGUGCCGGCAGGGUACAGCUAGCCUGUGUAGAUGAACAAGAACAGGAUGAACCUCAACUGGAUGAAGGUGACCGGGAUAUGGCAGCUGCUGAGGCUCUUCUGGAGCUGCAGCAGGGUAUUUCAAAAAUGGCUGAUGCCAGCAUUCAAGUCUCCCUCAAUAGUGUGGAAAAAGGUGAUGUGUGUGGAUUCAUUAAAAGUGACCAAGACCUAAGAGUCAUCACUGGAAUCCCAUCAUUUUCAGUCCUUGAUGCACUUGAAAAACAUGAUCAGACUCAGCUGCCAUCUCUGCAGGAUGUUAGGAAAGGGAUUAUUAUAUCCAUGAUGCGGCUAAAACUUGGCCUGAGUUUUACAUCCUUAGGGGUGCUUGCCAGGCUUGAUAGGACAACUUGUGCAAAACUGUUCAAGGCUGUUGUGCCAGCCUUAGCCAAGACGCUUAAGGAUGUUAUUGACUGGCCCUCAAAAGAGGAGGUUCUGAACUGGAUGCCAAAGUCAUUCAAGAAGUUCCCCAAAACUCGUGUGAUUCUGGACUGUACAGAGGUUGUUGUAGAGAAGUGUCACUGCCUGAACUGUCGUGUGCGAACAUACUCUCAAUAUUACAGUGAUCACACCAUCAAGUUCAUGGUAGGGUGUGCACCAUGUGGCAGCAUCAGUUUCGUGAGCAGCGCAUAUGUAGGGAGGGUUAGUGACAAGUUUAUUUUCAAUGACAGUGGCAUUACACAGCUGUUAGAGCCCUACAUUGAUGCCGUCAUGGUUGACAAAGGGUUCCAAAUAGAAGAGGACUGCCUUAGCAGUGCAAUAGAGCUGAUCAGGCCCCCAUUUCUCAGAGCAAAGAAACAGCUUUCAUCAGCAGAGGCCAAAAAAACUGCUGAGAUAGCUCGUGCCCGGGUGCAUGUAGAGAGGGCUAUCCAAAGACUGAAACUGUUCGCUGUGAUGAAAAACAAGCUGAAGUGGUCCAUGCUGAAUUAUGUUGAUGAGCUCAUCAUUAUUGUAUGUGGAAUUACAAAUCUCCAGGCUCCAAUCCUUGCUGAUGACAGGUUCUGAACCCCACGCAGUCGACUCG